AUUUUUUUGUCAAUUAAAUUUAUAUGGAAAUGGAAACUCUUAAAAGCAACUAUUUGUAUCAAUUUUGGCAAAGUAAUAAUCGAAUUCUGUUCAAUGGUCGUAUAAUGAUAGGGCCUAAAACAGACAUAUUAGUACAAUAUUAAAAAAUAUAUCUAGGCUAAUGUAUUUGUUUGGGGAUUACUUGUAAUUGUUCCGAUACCAUUUAAUAUAUAUGCUUGGUCUAAAACUUGGGAAAUAUCUCCAAGUUUACCAAUUUUAACACUAUUUUUGUAGAUAAUUUGUAUUAUAUUCCUCAUACUCACAUCUAUAACUGAACCCGGAAUCAUUCCUAAGAAACAACUAUAGCUAAGAGCAGGAUCUAAUUAUUAUUUAGAAGAAUUUCAAGAUUCAAGAUUUUGCGAAACAUGUGAAAUUUAUCGACCACUUAGAGCUUCACAUUGUAGGUAAAUUUUUAAUUUAUUUUAGUGAUUGUAACAAUUGUGUAUUAGUCUUUGAUCAUCAUUGCCCUUUUGUUAAUAAUUGUAUUGGAAAGAGAAAUUAUAGGUAUAUAUAGAAAAUAUACAAAGAUAUUUCUUUAGCUUUUUAGUAUCAAUUUUUGCAUUUGCUUUGGCAGUUGUAAUAUAAUCAUUGCUAUGCCUUUCCACAGUAAAUGAUUAUAAAGAUUAAAAAACAUUAAUUGUACUAUUUUUAGUACCUGUUAUCAUAGCCUCAAUAAUUGUUUUUGUAUUUUUUUUGUUUCAUGUUAUUCUAAGAAUAACGUAAAUAAUUAUUUUAUAGUUUUAGGGGUAAAACAACAAGAGAAAAAUUAAAAUAAAUAUCCAAAACAGGAGAUGAAGAUUUUGAUUGGUUGAAUUUGAACGAUAGCUUAUUUCAAUUGAGACUUUUAAUUUGA